AUGUCGACGAUGCACGACGAGGAGAAGGCCGCCCGCCCGCCGUCCACUGCGUCGGUCUCGGACGAGAAGGCUCAGGCCGCGGAGGUGAACGAGACCGAGCACGCGCCGUACAACGCGCACGUCGACACCAGCGGCCUGUACCACUUGGAGAAGGACUUGGGCAUCAGUGACCCCCAGUACCUCAUCUCGCUCACCAUUUUCUUCUUCUCGUACGCGAUCUUCGAGGUGCCGUCCAAUGUGUUCCUCAAACGCCUCCGUCCCUCCAUCUGGCUCUCGCUGCUCAUGUUCUGCUGGGGCAUCAUGAUGACCGUCCAGGGCUUGGUACACAACUACGGUGGUCUCCUGGGCAUGCGAUGGCUGCUCGGCAUGUUCGAAGCCGGCCUCUUCCCGGGCGUCAACUACUACCUCUCCUGCUGGUACAAGCGCUCCGAGUUCGGCAUCCGCGCUGCCGUCUUCUUCUCUGCCGCCACCGUCUCCGGCGCGUUCGGUGGCCUUCUCGCGGCCGCGAUCUCGAACAUGGACGGCGUCGGCGGCAAGCCCGCCUGGGCGUGGAUCUUCAUCCUCGAGGGCCUCAUCACCGUCGUCGCCGGCGCCGCCUCCUUCUGGAUCAUCCAGGACUUCCCCGACACCGCCAAGUUCCUCACCGAGCAGGAGCGCACCUUCGUCAUCCGCCGCCUCCAGGCGGACAGCCAGCACAGCGCCGCGGGCGAGGAGCUCCGCUGGCGCUACAUCUGGAAGAGCCUGGUCGACUGGAAGACGUGGGUCGGGAUGUUCCUGUACAUGGGCGCGGACGGCCCGCUCUACGCGUUCUCGCUCUUCCUGCCCAGCAUCAUCAAGGAACUCGGCUAUACCGCCACCCCCGCGAACCUGCUCUCCGUGCCGGUGUACGCCGUCGCGUGCAUCGCGACCUGCGCGGUCGGGUACAUCACCGACCGGUACGGGAACCGCGGGUACUGGACCAUGGGCUCGAUGUGCGUCGGGCUCGCGGGGUACAUCAUCCUGAUCGCGUCGCGGAACGCGGCGCUCUCGUACGUCGCCGUCUACCUCGCCGCGAUCGGCAUCUACCCGAACAUCCCGAACAUCAUCGCCUGGGUGUCGAACAACGUCGAGGGCUCGUACAAGCGCUCGGUCUCGCUCGCCAUGGUCAUUUCCUGGGGCAACAUCAACGGCGCUGUCUCGUCCAACGUCUACCGCGCACGCGACGCGCCCUGGUACACGCUCGGGCACGGCAUCGUGCUCAUGUACAUCGCGAUCGGCCUCCUCAUGGCGCUCGUCUACCGUAUCGCGCUCGCGCGGGAGAACCCGCGGCGCGACCGCGGCGAGCGCGACGAGCACGUGCGCGGCCUCAACGACGACCGCGAGGUGGAGCUCGCGGCGCGCAACGGGUCGUACGCGUCCGUCGCGGACGCGAAACGCGACAAGGGCGACGAGUGGAGCGGGUACCGCUACACGCUCUAG